GUAAGGACCGUUUUGAGGAAUUCAAGUGCCUGUAGGGCAAAAGGAGUGUCCCAUCAUAUGAGUUUGUGAACCUUGCUUGCCUGAGGCGGGUGUUAAUAACUGUAUCUUUCACCUAUUGGAUGACAUUCAUGAAAGGUGCCUCCUUCAUGUGAUAUGGCCCAACACACCCGGGGGGUGUGUAAUGUGUGCUGUGCACCACUGUGGGUGGUUCCUCCUAGACUAUGCAAUACAUAUGCCUCAGUGAGACAUAGGUGUGCUGAACGGGCACUUCUUUUUUUUCUGUUUUUAGAGUUCUAUUUUUGCUCCCUGUACUUUUGGUGAAUGUCUUUGCAAGUGCUUACUUCAAGCCAUUCACAACUGUUAAGAGUCUGUCGACAAGGCAGUUUGAUUCUAACAGUUUCAUCCUUGCUUGCCUGAGGUGGGAGGAGCCGAUGGGAUCAUAGUACUCUCCCUCUUUCUCUCUUUUACACACACCCCCUCCCAUUGCAGCUCUGCCAGUCCAGACUGUGCUCACUUCCAAGGAAGGCUGAGUAAAGGAGAGCACAGCUUUCCUUUCCUAAGUUUUUCCUUUCCCUCUGAGAAGGUUUGAGAAGAAAGAAGAAACUCUUUUGAUUAGGAGGAAAGUUCUGCGGACAAACACAGAAUAGCAGGUUGUAUUAACUUUUAGCGUCUUUUUUGAUCAGAUUGGUUGCACGUGGCUGCAGGCUGUGCCACAGGACUCUGGAGAGUGAGGUCACUCAGUAACUUGUUCUUCUUUGGCAUAGCUGUUCUUGUGUAUACAGACACCGCACGACUAAGGAAGCACAAUGGUUGCAGGAAUGGUAAUGCCCCUGGACAACCUGAAGGCCAUCUAUGAGCAUCUGUUUCGGGAUGGUGUCAUGGUGGCCAAGAAAGACAAACGGCCUCAGACCAAGCACCCUGAGAUUCCUAGUGUGGAUAACCUGCAGGUGAUAAGAGCCAUGGGUUCACUGAAGUCCAGGGGGUAUGUGAAGGAGACCUUUGCAUGGAGGCAUUACUACUGGUACCUUACUAAUGAAGGGGUUGUCUAUUUGCGUGAUUACCUGCAUUUGCCUCCGGAGAUCGUUCCCACACCUCUACAGAGAGUUCGACGGCCAGCUGCAACUCUGGCCAUCACCCGCAGGGCAGAACAUGUUCAAGCUAUUCAGGGCCCAACUUCUUAUGUUCCUAAACCAGGCAAGAUGGGUUCAGAAAAGCAGGAGGCUUUGCUUGAUCGACAGGAGUACCGUCGCAAAAUAGAGAGUGUGGAUGAGUCUGAAAUGAUUGAAUACAGGGAGAGAACACCAAGAUUUAGAGGUCGUCCAAUGGCUAGCUCUCAGAUCAAGCCCAAAGGAUCAUGGGAAUCCAAAGAGCAGCCAUUGCUUUCUGAUACUCAAGAUUACACCAAAGAGAUUAAACCAAGUGUGAAGAGGAAGGUCGCUGUGCAUCCCGUCUGCCAUACACCUCCGAUUGAAACUUACCAUGCCAAGCCAGUUGAACAGGAAAAGAUGGUGGAACUCAAAGAAUGCACCAAGACGGCAUUCAUUCAGAAAACGGUUAAUGUGAGCCCAGAUGUGGCAGCUAUUUUUCCAAAGGUGGGUGAAACAGCAGCAGAAUCAACAUCCACAGUAACUGGCGAGAGAAAAAUGGCUAAGGAUGCUCAUCAUCCUACUACCUCAAAACCGAAGGUGGAGAAAAAAAAGAAAACUUUUGUGACAAAAAAUGUGCAGGAUAUGCCAGCUGUUUCAUCAGGGGAGAGAACAAUUGCAGUGGAAUCCUCUCUAUACUCUGUUCAUGCUAAAUCAGUCAAAGAAAAGCCCAAGGAAGAGGUAGUCUUCCAGCAAACCUCAUCCACAGUAACAGCUAAAGAUGCUGCUCGAUCUACUCCCUCAAAACCAAAGGUGGAGGAAACACAGAAAACUACUGUGGUCAGAAAUGUGCAGGAUGUUUCAUCAACAUCAGGUGCAACAUCAGACGAAUCCUCUGUGCCAUCAGUUCCUGCUGAAGCAGCAAAACAAAAGUCCGAAGAAGAGGUGUUUAUUAAGGUCUCUAAGAAAACCAAAUCCACAGCAGAAGAUGAUAGCAAAAUGGCUGAAGAUGCUCUUUAUCCUAUUCCAUCAGAACUGAAGGUGGAGAAAACACACCAAUCCUUGAAGACGAAAAAAGUGUCAGCUGUUUCAUCAGCAGUGGAAUUAUCUGUCUCUUCUGAAGAAGUGUGUGUCAAUGUCUCCAAGGAAACCACACCCAAAAUUGAUUGCAAAAUAGAUAAGGAUGCUACUCGUCCUGUAGAGUCAAAACCUAAGGUGGAGAAAACACACCAAGCCACUGCGGCCGAAAAUAUACAGGAUGUGCCUAUUGCUUCAUCAGCAGUAGAGACAACUGCAGUGAAAUCCUCUGUCUCUACUGAAGCAGUAAAAGAAAAGCCAAAGGAAGAAGUGUAUGUCAAGGUCUCUCAAGCCGCAUUCACAGGUGAUAGCAAAAGAGAUAAGAAUGCUCCUCAUCUCACUGCAUCGAAAACAAAAGUGGAGAAAACACAGAAAACCACAAAGUCCAAAAAUGUGCAGGAUAUAUCAAAUGUUUCGCCAAAAGCAGUGGAAUCCUCUGUAUUUCCUGUCUCUGCUGAAGCAGUCAAAGAAAAGUCCACAGAAGAGGUUUUUAUGAAAGUCUCCCAGGAAACCACAUUCACAGUCACUGGAGAUAUCAAAAUGGCUAAGGAUGCUUCUUAUCCUACACCGAAGGUGGAGAAAACACAAAAAACUAGAAAUGUGCAGGAUGAGCCGGCCGUUUUAUCAGCAGUAGAGACAACUGCAGUGAAAUCCUCAAUCUCUACCGAUGCAGACACAGAGAAGCCUAAGGAAGAAAUGCAUGUCAGUGUCUCUCAAGAAAUAGCAUCCAAAGGUGAUAGCAAAAAGGAUAAGAAUGCUCCUUGUUCUGCUCCAUUAAAACCAAAAGUGGAGAAAAAGCAGAAAACCACAAAGACAAAAAAUGUGCAUGAAAAACCAAUCAAGAAUGAAAAAGCAGAUGUUACAAAUGCCAUUCAUGCUGAUGAGAUGAAGCCAUCUACCUCCAUUAGUGCCCGGGUGUCUGUCAAAUCUGUAGAAUCAGCAAUCCCACUUCUACCUGAAAAGGACAAAGAUUUGGCAAUACACAUUGCUGAAAAGAAAUCCAAGAUGAAUCUGCCACUGCAUCCUUCUGAGCUUCCUGUAGAGGAGACAGCAGUGCCGCCUACAGCAUCUAGCACUGUUCAAAUGAUUGACAAACAGCAGAGAGCACUUGAUUCCCAAAAAACAAAGGAAAUCCAAGAAGCAUCUAGAGAUGGCAACACUAGUCUGUUGAAAGUUCAUGAAAAGGAGGAGAUUCCCUGUGCCAUUUCUACUGCCGAGGUCAAGGCGGAGGUCAAAGUUCACAAGCCUGAUCUGAGUCAUGAAUCUCAGCCCCCAUCUACAGCUGACUCCAGCAAGAUUUCACAAGUGGUUGUGCAAAUGCCGAAGAAACUUGAUUCUAAUACAGAUUCUGAUUCUGUUAAACAAAAGCCAUCACCCGCAAAACUAACUGAAGAACCUGUAGUCACAGGAGAGGUUACAGCUGCAACAGAUGGAGAUACAGAGGAUGCCCCAAAGCCUUCAAAACAAAAGAAGAAAAAGCAGAAAUCUGCAAACAAAACUUCAGCUGUAAAACCAGUCCCACCGCCUAUAGCUGAGACAAAGGUGAUAGAGGUAAAGACAGAGAAUGAUUGUCAGGUUGACCUUCUUAAGUUUGAGGGCCCUGAGAAAGUUGCAACAAAUGAUUCUGCAAAGACAUCCCCUGAAGGAACGCACACUGUGGAGAGCGUGCAGCCAACAGCUGUACAGAAUGAGGACCCGACUCACAAAGGGGAGGUGGAGCCUGCGCAGCCUUUGCCUGAAAAAAGGGAGGUUCUGAAAGGAAAAACAUCCUCCUCGCAGGGACAGUGGGAAGCACCGGCAGCAUCAGCGUCAGCAGCAGCAGCCUCGACCCAGCUCACCCCCUCCCCGAGCAGAGGGAGCCUCCCAGCGCUUCACAACACACGCCUGCUCCUGACACACAGCAGAGCACAGAGAAACAUAGCAGGCUCCCGGAUAGCAAGGCCCCUGCACAGCCUGUCAUCACUGGAUCUCUUCCUGCUGAUGAGAAUUCCUGUGAUGCGCAAGAGCAGUCCGUAGACGCCAUGCGGAAGAAGAUCGUUGUGGUAGAGGAAGUGAUUGAAGUGCAACAGAUUGCCAGUCCUGUUACAGGCCAACCUGUUACACCCCCAGUGCCAGAGAUUGUAGAAGAUGAGUUGGACUAUGAUGUCUUGGA